AUGCCGGGACGGGCCGGCUAUUUUUGUGCAGCCAGCUCUGACACAUCCAGCAAGAAAAUCGAUCGGUCUCGGAGUGGCGUAGCCUGUGCUACGCGAUCCUGGCGAUUGCUGCGUGAAAUGAACGAUUCUCCCAAUAGGAAAGGUAACAACCCUAAAUCACAACCCCAGUUAGGAGUUACAGGGGUGUCAGGUACGAGAAUUCGAGACACAAAGCGAGAGCAGCUGGGGGAUGAAAGGGAGAAGCUGUCAUGGGAACAUAUCGACCAAGAGCAGAUAUACAAAACGGGUGACGCGCACCAUCCAUCACCAACAACUGAGCCGACUGUAUUCGACGUGCUUUAUCUGGCAAAUAUAGACGGAAACAUGGAACCUCCAGCGCAAUAG